UUGAUCUUACAGCUCUUGAAGUCCCAACUCUCACAGAAAGUUGAAAAUGCUGAACAAAGCGAUAUCAAAAAAGCAGACAAAGAUCUGGAAAGGCUGAAAAAAGAACUCGAAGAGGAAGGAGCAGUGAAGGCAAACCUCAUUAGAAUACUUCACUACGCUCGUCCCGAGUGGGCUUUCCUUCUCCUUGCCGUGUUUUCUUCGAUAACACGAGGUUGCGUUUUUCCAGCAUUUUCCCUCUUCUUCACGGAAAUCAUUGAGGUUUUCGCUAUACCACCUGGCGAUCCCAGUCUUCAAUCAAAAGGUCAUUUCUGGGCAUUAAUGUUUCUUCUGUUGGGCGGAGUGGAAGCAGUAUAUAUGAUCACUCAGGCACGAACACCAAGCUUUCAAUGA